GUAAAGUGUCUGGUCUAAAAGCAUAUGAUCCAUCAUAAUGGUAUCAGAAUUAAAAGUUUCGUGAUUUUUGGUUUGAAUUUUUUUUGUGAAAAGUAAAUAGAAAAGUUUAGUUUAACUAUUUUUUUAGAGCAAUCAACCCAAAAAAAAAUUCGUUAAAGAUAGACCCAAAAGAAAAAAAAACAUUAUACUAAGCAAAUGAUUGGACAUAUGAUAAAAGGCAUCUAACUAUAAUAAAACCUCUGGCAUAUAUAUGAUGGCAUCUGGUCCGUUGCAACAAAAUCUAUUAUCAUUACUUUUCUUGGUGGUUGAAGAAUAUGUUAUUUACUAUCUAAUUGAUAUCUUUUAGUGCGCUAAAGCAUCUAGGUGAAAACGAAAGAGGGCCUUGAUGACUAUUAGUGUUGAUCAUAGGAUACGUGCUUGGGCCAUGUGUGUGUGUGAAAACUGGAGACGUAUAAAGUCAUAUUCUUUUUCCUCCUUAUAUUAUAUGAUCCCUGGUGGUGUAACGGAUUGAAACACACAAGUAUAAAGAGAUAUCAAAAAGCUUGAGAUUAGAGCUUAUUAUAUUGAAUUCUGAAAGUUAAACGUAGGCUUCUUAGCAAAAAAAAAAGUUAAACGUAGGCGAGAGUGUGCGCCAAACUAGAUAAUUUCAGUGUCGCAUUCUUUUCUGUUCUUCUUUUCAUUUGGUUCAAAAACAAUUUAAUUCAAACAACGGUCAAGGUUGAAUCAAGGCAACGUUGGGCCUUCUGUUUCGUGGCCCUAUCGUGUUUGCAUUACAUAUUUUAACCAUGGUCAUUUGUUCAUGAGGUAUGAGCACCGGGUUCUUCGACAAUACGCAUGGGCUUGUUUUUCACUUAAUUGUUUGUUGAGCAUAACGAAAGCAAGUGAACUUUUUUCAUAGGUGACAACAAUUGAAAUUGAUGUUUUUACUUCUCUUUUAGUAGCUAAGAGAGAUUUUGAUCUACAAUUUUCCAAAGUAUGAAAUAAUUUUUUCAAAAAUUUAAUUAAAAAAAUAUUUUUAAUUUAUAUUUGUAUGCGUAGAUCAGUUUGAUUUCUUGUUGCAAUAAUUAAAUUUAGUUUUUUCCUGAGAUAAAAUUAUUAGAUUUUUUUUGCAGUAAUUAUAUUUAGCUUUUUCAAACAAAAAAAACUCCCUUCUUCAAUAAAACGUUUGCUUCUUUAAAAAAAAAAGAAAGUCUGAUGCCUUUGGUUUAAUUAUGUAACUGUAUACCUUAGAAGAAAAUUUAAUUUCUGUAUGUAAGAAACACACAUGAGAUUGCUGAUCUUUUGUUCUGUUGAUGUUCAAUUUCCCCAUGGUAGACUCCGUGAAUAUAAUUCUCAAUAAGUUGUAACAAGUUAAUUAACAUUUUAUAUAAAUAACAUAGAUCGGCGUAUCGAUUCAGUAGUAGUUGCAUCUCCUCCGAUACCGUGGUCAUCUCGUCGUUGGGCUGUUGUAGUCUCAGAGUAAAACAUGCGUGGCCCAACUGAAUCUCUUUGAUAAUUAUUUAUGGUUGGGCCUCUGCCAUCGUCUUGUUCCGAAGCCCGCAGACUCUUUGUUUUUCUCCAGCCCACGUAAAUUCAAGGGUUUGGGCCUCCCAAUCACACAGUGUUGGCCCAAGAAGCGUAAGCCACGUCAUUCCCAAAACCAUGUCGAGACCCGUGAGAGGAAGUGGAAAGAGAUCGAUACAGAAGCUCACGCCGCCGACAAUUGUGGUGACCUGUUUGUAUACGCCGGUACACCGGAGUGGUCGGCCAUCAGCAACUCUGACUCGAAAAAGUGGUGUUGGAGUCAUUGUCAAGCCGAAGUGUUUCGCAACCUUCUCGUGAAUGAAACUAUGAGUGGCCCCGCUAUCAAUCAACGCUACCAUCUCAUGUUUCUGAAUUCGAGCUCGAGUCCGGAUGGUCUUUGGAGAAUCCCACCCGGUGAGAGCCUGGACCGUGAUCUCCGCUUCUGUUGUUUCCAGAUCCGGCGCGUUUUCCUCAUCAUCCUCCUCUACUCCUUCGAUGAGCAGCAGUUGCGAUUUCUGACAUCGAUGGUCUGGAGUAUACUUUUCGUCGCAACUGAAACAAAGUCCGAGACUUCUCUUCCUCUGUAGCUCUUCCCAGCUCAAGCGUUUAGGUUGACCGGUGGGUGUGACUUUGGCAGUUAACGCUUGGCUCGGCGAUGGUGGUGGCGGUGCACGGUUGUUGCGAUUGGAGAAGGACUUUCUGGUUCGCUGCACUUGCUCAUCUCUCAUUUGAGCCAGCUCAAUUGUUGCCUUGAGGGUUUUUGGUUGGAACAUACGGAUGCCAUCCGAGAUGUUAUCGUUGAGGCCUCCAAUAUAAGUCCCAAUGAGCGCCUUCUGAGUCCAGCCCGAGACCUUGUUCUGUAGUCGCUCGAACUCACGUUGGAAUUCUCGCAACGUUCCUGUCUGUCGGAUCUUAGAUAGGGCCUCGUCAAAGUCCUCUGCUGCAGUAGGUCCAAACCGAGCCCACAAUUCUUCCUCGAACACAUCCCAAGUGAUUGGAACAUGCUCCUCUUGGAGAGCUUUAGAUGUAGCUUGCCACCACUCAUUGGCCUCGUCCUCCAGAUGGUAAGAGGCGAAGCUAACCCUCCGAUCUAGCGGCAUUUCUUGGUAAGUAAAAUAUUGUUUCGCUUUACUUAACCAUGCCAUUGGAUCUCCUUCUUGGAACUUUGGAAACAUCAGUUUUACAUGGCGGUUGGUGGCGGUAGGCGUGAAUGGGUUGGUGGUGGUGGUGUGAUCGUGAUGCAGCAUCAUGAUACCUUCACCGUAAAGCAACCGUUUUUCUAUUUCGGUUUUUAGAAGAUUUCAUUUUCUAAUUAUGAAUUCCUUUUAGUAGAUUUUCUAUUUUUAACAGGGUUAGGUUAUUAUAAACCGUCUCUAGAAUCCUAUAUAAGGGAUUGUAAGUUGGCUUUGAUAAGUAGUUUUGAAAGAUAAUAAACUUGAGUUUCUCUAAAGCCUUGCAUUGAUUCGAUUUUGUCGUCAAUACGAGAGCCUUGUAUCGAAUUUGAUUAAGUUCUUCGAUUCAAGAAGUCAGGUCUCUAAAGAUUUAACCUAAAUCUUUAGAUUUGAGCUGAGUUAUACGCUGCGCCAGGUUGGUAUCAGAGCUUUGCUACGCUCCUCGAAAAUUUUUCCAUCCACCAUGGCAAGACCUCGACGAGCACCUGUUCGAACCGAAGCAGAAAUCACCUGUGAUGCAAUCGCUGAGCUUCAGGCUCAGAUGCAAACUAUCGCCGCCGCCCUCCACAACCUUAAUGUUCAACAACAACCACCAGUUCGCGAUAAUGUUGAACGUACGAGCAACAAUGAUGCAGAAGACGAUGAAGAAGCAAACCUAUUUACCGCCGCAGCAGCAGAACAUGUGAACCCCCUCGCUCCUCUCAACGACCGUGUACUCGGUCAAGAUAACAUUCGCGGUGCAGCAGCUGUUGUUCCAUGGGAAACAGGAUUCAAAACAGAGAUUCCAAAGUUCCAUGGCAACUCAUCCGCCGAAGAACUUCUCGAUUGAAUAGUCACAGUUGAAGAAAUUCUUGAAUUCAAGAGAGCACCAAUGGAACGUUGUGUUCCGUUGUUAACAAUGCGAUUCCGCAACAGAGCAGCAGCAUGGUGGAUACAACUAAAAACUACACGAGCCCGUCUUGGAAAACCCAAGAUCAUGUCAUGGGAUAAGCUUAAAUCAAAACUUAAAAAGACAUUCUUGCCUUACAACUAUGAUCAGCUAAUGUUCCAACGACUACAUCAUAUUCGUCAAGGAACUUGUUCAAUUGCUGAAUAUUCUCAAGAAUUUUUUUUGCUGCUUACAAGAGUUGAUAUUCAAGAUUCAGAACGACAGUUGGUUGCUCGAUUCACUGCCGGCCUGCGUCAACAGAUCGAGCACACUAUCAACUUGUUUAAUCCACUGACCUUAUCAGAAGCUCACCAACAUGCAUUCACCAUUGAAUCUCAAACUAAAAGCAAUUACUCUUGGUCUGCGUCUCGUACUACCCGACCUGUUCAGCAACAACAGUCUACAAAUUUAGCCGAUGAUUCGCUUCCUCAACAAGCUGAAACUGCCCUCGUGCCUUUGACGGAUAAGACAACAACUCGACCAUCUUCACUACGAUGUUUCGCUUGCGGAGAGAUUGGUCAUCGACAAGCCAAUUGUCCGAAAAGAAAUCGCAGGAGACUUCUUCUUGAUGCUGCUGGCAAGGACGUAGAGGUUAUUUAUGAUGAGGAAAUUGCAGAAAAUCUAGAAGAAACAGAGGACCUGAUCGCAGACACUGGUCCUUGUUUGAUGAUGCGACGUGUUUGCCUUGUUCCACGCCAUAUUGAUGACAAUCCACAAUGCCAUAACCUGUUCCACUCGAAGUGUACUAUUGCCGGCAAGGUUUGCAAAUUUAUUAUUGACUCGGGAAGUUGUGAAAACGUAGUGGCAGAGGACGUUGUCAACAAACUCAAUCUGACAACAGAACUUCAUCCAUAUCCAUAUAAACUCGCAUGGCUAGACAAGAAGACAGACUUGACCAUUACUCGACGUGCUCUCAUAUCAUAUUCAGUUGGUGGCACAUUCCAGGAUCAAAUUUAUUGUGAUGUAGCACCAAUGGACGCUUGUCAUCUUCUCUUAGGACGCCCUUGGCUAUUUGAUCAUCGAGUAAAACACGAUGGUUAUCACAAUACCUAUAGCUUCCAUUUCAACGAUAAAAACUUCACACUGCAACCCUCUUUACCUGAGAAGCAGAGUUUACCAUCCUCACCAGUCCUUAUUCUCCAACGCAAACCUUUUGAGCAAGAGAUGCGAGAAGAGGGACGUGUUCUGAUCCUGCUGAACUCACCAGUCAACACAUCUUUACCUCAAAUUCCGGAUAGCUUUAAAGGUCUGUUGACCAAGUUUCAGGACGUCUUCCCCGACGAGUUACCAACUGGCCUUCCUCGUCUAAGAGAUAUUCAACACCGUAUUGAUCUAGUUCCAGAUGCUAUCCUACCUAAUCGAGCUCAUUACCGUAUGAGUCCAAGUGAGCAUGAAGAACUGCGACGACAAGUUGAGGAUCUCAUCACGAAAGGAUACUUGCGUGAGAGUUUCAGUCUGUGUGCAGUCCCAGCUUUGCUCAUACCAAAAAAAGAUGGAUCAUGGAGAAUGUGUGUCGAUAGCCGUGCUAUUAAUAAGAUUACAGUCCGCUAUCGAUUUCCAAUACCACGUAUUGAUGAUCUAUUAGACCAAAUUGGUGCUGCAACAACCUUUUCUAAACUCGAUCUUCGCAGUGGAUACCAUCAAAUCCGUAUUCAACCGGGUGAUGAGUGGAAGACAGCAUUCAAAACCAGAGAAGGGCUGUUUGAAUGGCUUGUUAUGCCUUUCGGGCUUUCCAAUGCCCCUAGUACCUUCAUGCCGGUUAUGAAUCAGUCUCUUCGGCCGUUUAUUGGUAAAUUUGUGGUGGUUUACUUUGAUGAUAUUCUGAUAUUCAGUAAGUCAUUAGCCGAGCAUCUAGAACACUUGGAAGCAGUCCUUCUUAUCCUUCGUCGUGAUCAAUUCUAUGCGACGAUGAAGAAGUGUGAGUUCGGCUCUCCUAAAGUCCAAUUUCUCGACUACAUUGUUUCCGCAGAAGGACUCGCCGUGAUCAAUUAA